CCGGUGCCGCGGUGCAUUGUGGGACGCAGAAAUGGCGGCGCUGGGAGCGGGGCGGGCGGCGGCAGCGGGGCUCCUGCGGGCCCAGAGCCUCGGGGCGUGGAGGGGGCUCCGCGUGCCCCCCGCGCUGCAGCAGAUCCCGCAGGCCAAGUCAGAACAAGCCAAGGCCGAGGGCACGUUCCAGGUGACCAUGCUGCCGGGUGAUGGCGUGGGCCCCGAGCUCAUGCACGCGGUCAAGGAGGUGUUCAAGGCCGCCAGCGUCCCGGUGGUGUUCGAUGAGCACCACCUGAGCGAGGUGCAGAACAUGGCCUCGGAGGAGAAGCUGGACGAGGUCAUCGACUCCAUGAAGGAGAGCAAAGUGGCGCUCAUAGGGAAGAUCCACACCCCCAUGGAGUACAAGGGGGAGCUGGCGUCCUACGACAUGAGGCUCAGGCGCAAGCUGGACCUCUUUGCCAACGUCGUGCACGUGAAGAGCCUGCCCGGGUACCAGACGCGCCACAACAACCUGGACCUGGUCAUCAUCCGGGAGCAGACGGAGGGCGAGUACAGCGCCCUGGAGCACGAGAGCGUGCGGGGCGUCAUCGAGUGCCUGAAGAUCAUCACCCGCGCCAAGUCCCAGCGCAUCGCCAAGUUCGCCUUCGACUACGCCACCAAGAAAGGGCGCUCCAAGGUGACGGCCGUGCACAAGGCCAACAUCAUGAAGCUGGGCGAUGGCCUCUUCCUGCAGUGCUGCAAGGAGGUGGCCGAGCUCUACCCCAAGAUCAAGUUCGACACCAUCAUCAUCGACAACUGCUGCAUGCAGCUGGUGCAGAACCCGUACCAGUUCGAUGUCCUGGUCAUGCCCAACCUCUACGGCAACAUCGUGGACAACCUGGCUGCGGGGCUGGUGGGCGGCGCCGGCGUCGUGCCCGGCGAGAGCUACAGCGCCGAGUACGCCGUGUUCGAGAUGGGCGCCCGGCACCCGUUCGCCCAGGCCGUGGGCAGGAACAUCGCCAACCCCACGGCGAUGCUGCUGUCGGCCACCAACAUGCUGCGGCACCUCAACCUGGAAUUCCACUCCAACCUCAUCUCGGACGCGGUGAAGAAGGUGAUCAAAGGCGGCAAAGUGCGCACAGCGGACAUGGGGGGCUACGCCACGUCCCACGAUUUCACCCAAGCCGUGAUCGGGGCCCUGGAAGCGUAGGGGCUGCCCCCCCUCCUCAUCCUCCCCCUCCCGUGCCCACGUCCUCUCCUAUUUAUGGCUUCCCUCCAAUAAACGUGGGCUCUGCAGCA